AGCUCUCUAAAGGGGAGGCUUAAAAAUGGCACAUGUGAAAGAAUUGGAAGAAAUUUUGUCCAAAUUAAAUGUCCCGGACAAUGAAAUCAUCAGUCAGGCUACAGCACAUCUUCGAGAACUUUUCAAAGAUCCUGGGAUAGUACCUGCAUUGUGCACAAUACUUGCAUCAUCGCAAAAUGCUCAGGUUAGACAGACAUCUGCUGUGCUGAUACGUCGAAAGGUGGAAAAGGCGAGCCAAUGGCGCAAUAUUACCCCUGAUAUAGCCCAGAACAUUCGUCAAAAUCUUCUACAAGUGCUGGUACAGGAACCAGAAAAAUCAGUGCGGAACUCGAUAGCCCAGAUUGUAGCAGCAGUUGCCAAACAUGACCUCCCAGAAUCAAGAUGGCCGGAACUUUUCCAAUUUCUUGAGCAGACGACGGGAAGUGCUGAUCCAGCUCAAAAAGAGGUGGGGAUGUUUGUAUUAAGCUCAGUUGCAUCAGUGGCUGCAGAACAGUUGAAGCCAAUGUUCAGUACACUACUGACUCUAUUUGAUAAUGCACUAGAUGACAGGUCCAAUCCUUUGGUUCCUUUUUAUGCAAUUCAGUGUAUGACAUAUUUUGUCUUUCUGGUGGGAACAGAGGAACUGAAAAUCUUUUCAUCCCUUUUACCAAAGGUGAUCCAAGUGAUCCACAAUCUCCUUGCUGUUGAUGAGGAGAAAGCAUGUGAGGCUAUGGAACUAUUUGAUGAGCUUGUGGAGUGUGAAGUGUCUGUUGUGGCCCCACACAUCAAAGCUAUCAUGCAACUCUGUCUACAGAUUGCAGGUAAAAAUGAUUUGGAAGAAGCUACCAGAGUGAAGGGAAUGUCAUUCAUCAGUUGGCUUACACGGUUAAAGAAAAAGGCAAUCUUGAAAUACAAACUGGUGAACCCCAUAUUGAACGUGCUGUUCCCAAUAAUGUGCACACCCCCUGAUGAUGAAGAUGAUGAUGAUACUUACACAGAACAAGCAGAAACUACAAACCCAGCUGCAUUUGCUGCAACAGUGAUUGACACUAUGGCUUUGCAUCUUCCCCCCGAGAAACUCAUCCCUCAGCUGAUGACCUAUAUAGAACCAGCUCUUCAAAGUGAAGAUAAGUUCCGCAAAAAAGCAGCGUUUAUAACCAUGGCAGUGAUAUCAGAGGGCUGUGCAGAUAACAUACGACAAAAACAUCUACAUGGUCUUCUACAAUGUACCUAUAAAGGAAUGUCUGACAGUGAAGUUGUGGUCAGAAAUGCAGCAAUGUUUGCUUUGGGGCAGUUUUCAGAGUUUUUACAGCCUGACAUCAGUAAGUAUGCAGCUGAAUUACUUCCUGUUCUGCUGGAUUACAUUACUAAAGUGAUCCAAGAGUCCAUACAGACAAAGAAAGACACGUCUGGCACAACCAAGACAUUCUACGCAUUAGAAAUGUUCUGUGAAAAUUUAGAUAAAGACAUCCUGACAUACCUACCCAAAGUAAUGGAACACCUGAUCACAGCCCUAGAGGCUGACACAACCGUACAUGUGAAGGAACUGGCUAUCAGUGCAAUAGGAGCAACAGCUAAUGCUGCCAAGGAGGCUAUGUUUACAUACUUUGAUGCAGUAAUGAAUAGCUUAAAACCAUACUUGGACAGACCUCAUACUAAUGAAGAUGAGUUGAAGCUGCAAACGCAAGCAAUAGACACUCUAGGGGUUCUCUCAAGAACACUAGGAGAACAAUUCCUGCCACUUUGUCCCCAAUGUGUCAAUUUUGGUUUGACCUUGCUACAAGAUGCAACUGACCCUGAUCUAAAGAGAAGCAUCUAUGGUAUGUUUGCUGCCAUGUCUUGUCUCCUGAAGUUUGAAAUGUCCCAGUACCUUGCUCGUAUGGUUGCCCCUAUGUUAGAAUCAAUGCAGUCCACAGAGGGAAUCACUGUUCAUGUUAAUGAAGAAGAGACAAAGGUGUAUAAUCUAUUUGAUGAAGAAGAUAUAUCAGGAGAAGAUGAUGACAACUCUAAAGAAGAGGAAGGUGUUGCUGGAUACAGUGUCGAGAAUGCAUACCUUGAGGAGAAGGAAGAUGCUUGUACAGCACUGGGUGAACUGGCUGUUAACACAGGGGUAGGAUUUAUGCCUUAUAUGGAAAAAUGUUACACAGAAGCAACAAAACUUUUGGAACAUCCCGCCUCAACAAUAAAACGUGGUGCUGUGACAUCUAUUGGCCACUUCUGUAUUGCAUUGAGCAACGUCAUAACUGAAUCUCACACUAAGGAAGGACAGGCUGCCCUUAGUAACAUGCUGUCUACAUGUGUGCCAAAAUUCAUCACCAUGGUGAGACAGGACUCAGACCGUCAAGUUGCUAUGACAACGCUAGAGACCAUCCAAGAAAUGCUGGAAAAGAUCAAGGCUCCAGUGCUGGAAGGUCAAGGUCAUCUGGAGGAAUUGUGUGCUUGUCUAAAAGAAGUCUUACUUUUGAAGACGGCCAGCCAGGAUGAAAAUGAGGCUGAUAAUGAGUUGGAUGACCAACAGGCAGAGCAUGAUGAAAUGUUGAUAGAGAAUGCUGGUGAUGUCAUACCUGCUAUCGCCAAGGUGAUUGGUGGAGAGGCAUUUGCACCUUAUUUUGCAGCGUUUCUCCCAGAACUGCUGAAACGACUGAAACGCACAAGCACAAUUGCAGAGAAAUCAUUUGCUAUGGGCACAUUGGCUGAAAUGGUAGAUGCAUCAGGAUCUGCCGCUUCCAUGUGUGUCGGCCAUCUUUACCCAGUGUUCCUCAGUGGCUUAAAGGAAGAUGACGAGGAAGUUCGAAGUAAUGCCGUAUAUGGUCUUGGUGUCUUGGCUGCAAACGGUGGAGAAGCAUGUGCUGUACACUACCCAGCUAUUUUGAAGUCAUUGUUUGACUUAGUUACCAGGGAGACAGAUAAGAGAGUUGCUGAUAAUGUUUGUGCAGCUGUGUGUAGAAUGAUCUUAGCUAACCUCAAUAUGGUUCCUUUAACAGAGGUGAGUCACAUACUCUAA